ACAGGAACUGGGAAGCGACGUCGCUAUGGAAACGCUAAAAGUCGCAGCAUAGAUAGCAGCCGUGUGCCUUCUCUAUGUCAUAUCUGUGGUAAAGUUCUCCUUUGAUUUCCCAUGGAGGGCUCAAACACAUACCUCAUACGACCCAAUCACCAGCACAAGUUUAAGCCAGCCAUUGUGAAGGAGUGUAUUCGUGAAGUUGUAAGAGAGAGACUGUCUGGGCUGCAAUACGACCCAGAUGAAGUGCCAGAGCUGUCCCGUUCACUUGCAGACUGCAUAAAGGACAAAGUGAAGAAUGCAGGGUUGGAUAGAUAUAAGCUUGUUGUGCAGGUGAUCAUUGGAGAACAACGAGGGCAAGGAGUCAAGAUGUCUUCAAGGUGCUCGUGGGAUGCUGACACAGACAACUAUGCAGAGGAUGUUUUCAUGAACGACAGCUUGUUCUGUACAGUGGUCGUUUUUGGAAGCUAUUACUACUGAGAGGAUGACUAAACGUUCUUUCAGCUAAAGAUGAGAGGUGAUCACUCGGAAACAAAGACUGCUCACCGUCAGCCAACGCGGUGACUGUGGAAUGACUGCGACCCUCACCCAACACAGAUGAAGUUCGCUCGUCCAGUGUAAAGGUGAUGGCACUUGUGCUGAUACUGAAGUAAUUUUAAAAUGAAGGACUUUAUCAGAAUGUCCUGAUUUGGCAAGAUUAUUAAAGACUAACUCCAUUUAUUGGCUGAUAAUUGAUGACACCUUGACUAGAAAUGUGAAAAUGAAGAUGUCCUGGAGAAUGUGAGACUCAUUAUAUCAUAUAGCAUAUUAUAAAAAAAAACAUGUUUUACUACAUAAGGCAGCUGAUUUUCAAAUCCAUAAGUGAGAUAGCCAACUUAGUCACAAUUUCUUUGACUGUAUAUACUGAAUACUUAAAAAGCAUAGUAACCAGUGAUCAAUAUUCUCAACAAGUCAUAUUACUAAACAGUGUCAUUAGAUUAUUUGCAGUUCCUUGUGAUUACAAGCUUUACCUGCAUAAUAGAAGACUGCAGCAAUAGUAUCAAGUACCUGUGAGUACUUACAAAUACAACAACUAAGUAAAGGGAACUGAAUGCAAUACUACUGUUUGUGUGUUGGAAUUAGCACAGCAGUUACAGUAGAGGUCAGUAUUUGCCUGUGAUUGUCAGUGUCAUGUCUGGGAUUAAACAGUUACAGUUAUCUGAUACUAUAGAAUAAAUAAAUGAUGACCACAUUCAGCAUUUGCACCUCGACCAUAAACAAAUCAAACCACUGAUGAAAUACAGUGUAUUUCCAAUUGUGGGGGACAAAAAGAAUUAAGGAUGGAAACAAAAGUAAAGAAAUAUAACAUACAUACUUACAUAUAUAUCUACCCAGCCCGCAUGGGCUUACAUGACACCAUGAAUGAAAACAUUUCAGGACCGGACUGCAGAGUUGGUCUAUUCAUUGUCAUGGAACAAAAAGAGAAGAAAAAAGCAAGAUAAACCCUAAUCAAACAGAAUAUCUUGUCCAAGCUUUUAUGACAAAUUUAGUAAGUUUAAACACAUCAAACUUAAACAGACAUUCAAGUUUCUGCACAUCUGUCCACCACAAUACUUCAGGUUUUUGACGAGCUUCUUCAUGAAACAAUAAUUCUCUUAAAUCAUCAUAUUUUGGACAAAAAUGACAAACUCACACAUCUCACACAUCUCACAAAGUCUGUGAGAAGGACCAACCAGAAGAUUUAGACAUGCUUGGGAUCUUCAGAGAAAGAUGCAGGAUUACUUAUUUAUUUUAAACAGAAGUCUAGUGGAAUCUGACCAAUUAUGUCGGGGAAUAUCCAUCACUUUUCAUUCAAGGUUCAGCGAAGAAAAAGAAUCUCAGGUUUAUUUUGCAUCUCUGGCUUGUACCAUCUGAGUAUAAAGUGUAAAGUCUAAGCCUGGAUGAUCAAGAGAUGUAGUCAAUCAGUUUAUGCAUGAAAAACGAUAAGCUAUUUACAGAUAACUUCUGCACAUCAAACUCCUCAAGCAUUAAAUACACAGUGAUUAGUAGUUUGAACCGUAUGCCCUGUGUGUGUGCCAAACCUCAAUACAGGGAUAUAUAAGGCCCUAAGACAAUGAGGAAGAUAGAGUCUUUACGGUAGGACGUACUCACACAAGGCGAUCUGUACUUAGGCCAGGAACAUUUGACCCGCAAAAUUUGUUUAACUAGUAUGAGUGCUCGAUACAGUGAUCAAUCACGAUACACUUCCUUUGCCCUGGCACAAUAAGAAGAGAUGUGCUUCGACAUGGUAUGGAUGUCAUGCACAAGCAUAAGCAGGGGUACAGGACAUGGACAUACUGUAUAGCCAGGUCAUUAUCCUGAAGAAAGGAUCAACCUUGGAUGAGUCAAGGGCACAAAGCUCCAGUGUGAAAAAGAUUGCCCACAAUACCACACCUCAGAGAGGCACGUCAGAGAUGGAUAAUCAUCAGCUGCCUGCAUCAAGAAAGGUGUUUAUUUAUUAUCUAAAUAUCUAAAUGAUGGCUUCCUUUAGUUUCAAUCCACCACAUCACCAAAGGAUUGUGGUGACCAAAUUACAAUAGACUCUUCAUACAUUAAUUAACACUUCAUUUCAAAUCGUUUUUCUCAUUGGGAAAAACUUUGUUACAGCAUGGAUUACUAGUAUAUUUUUGGAUAUUUUACAUAUAUUUUAUGUUCAUGAAAUAUAUUAAAAGGAUAUAACUAGAACAUCCAUGCCCAGGACAGUGAAAUUAAUGAAACUAAAGUGUGGAUUUUUGUAAGUGCGUGGACCCACUGUUACAUUUUCACUGUGCCAAAAUAAUAUACAUCUCUUAAACACGUGUUCAUUCACAUUAUAUCCAGUAAUAAUUAUACAUGUCUAUAAAUGUUAGUUUUUAGUUGAGGAGCAUGACACAUCAGAGAAUCUUUUGAGCUCACCAGGCAGCUGAGAACACAGCUUAUCAAACUGUUCAGGAAGUUUGAUCACAGGCGUUAUUUCACAUGAAAUUGAGUGACCAGAAAUACUGAAAUCCCAUGCAGAGCUUUUAUUUUCUGUAUAUUUAGGUUAGUGUUUUGAUGGUCAUGUUCAGAAAGUAACUUUCAGGAUUAGGUGUGAACAUCCAUAACAUUUGAUUAUGGAAUGUUUGUCUCAUUAAAAUGGUGUAUUGCAUUCUUCA